UAUAUAAUUAUAAAGAAACUUGGAGCAGGCGGUUUUGGAGAUGUAUAUGAAGUGCACAGAGAGCGUGAUAACGGCGUGUUAGCAAUGAAAACUGAAUUCGAUGUUGAAGAAGAUAUGCUGCAGCGUUUGAAGUCAUUGGAAUUUCAGAGGGAAGUUUUGGUAUAUGAAGUUAUUAAUGUGGCAAAAAGGGAAAAUCCGCGAUCAACAGCGCAUAUUUUACAUAUGGUUGACAAGGGUUGGAACCAGUAUUUUAAGUAUAUAAUGAUGCCCUACACCGGUAAAUCGUUAGACUACAUCAAGGAGAGUAUUGUCAGAGGAGAGUUUGCACCACAUACUGCCAUUCAAAUCUCGCUUCAAACGCACAACGCGUUGAAAAAUCUCCACGAAUUAGGUUAUAUUCAUCGAGACGUUAAGCCGGAUAAUUUCGUGAUUGGAAAGUAA